CGAGGUAAGUAUAUCAGCAUAUGCAACAUACCAUCCUAUCUGAAAAUGCUAUUUAGCUGCGUAUAUUGGGUCCUGAAUGGAUUCUGCUACAACUUUUUCUACACGUUUGAGCAGAGAAGAACAUAUUGUGGCAGAACUUGUCGUUUCUGUUAA